AACAGUCCAGAGCGUUACAACACGGUGAUUAUGUUCGAAAACAGACUCACCUGUAACUCUCCCACCAGUUUGGAGAGAUGGCAUUCAAACAAACCGACCUCGCGAUUAGUUUCAUGAGGUAGUAUUAGCCGAACAUCUUUCAUGAGGUAUUAGCCGAUUGUCUUUCCCGAGGUACGUUAUUAUUAUCCGAGCAGGUGUUAUUAGUCGGGCGUCUUUCAUGAGGUAUUUUUAAUCGAAGCAUCUUUUCUAAGAUAUUAGCCGAGUGUCUUUCCUAAUGUAGUAUUAACCGGACAACAUUCAUGAGGUAACAGUUAGUAUUAACCGGGCGUCUUACAUGAGGUAGUAUUGGAGUGUCUUUCAUGAGGUAUUAUUACCCGAGCAUCUUCCAUGAGGUAGUUUUCGAGCAUGUCGACGGAAAUAAGCCUGCACGAGUUGCUAGAUCUCUCCAUCGGCACUCCGGACGCCGGCUCGGUGAACUUCGGCGCCCUGCACGCGUUGCUGCGCGCCAUCCUGGGCCACCUGAAGAUCGAGAGGCUGACCACCAGCUUUAAAGAGCUGAGCAAGGACCAUGACGGCUCCACACAGACCAAAGCCCUGAUGCUGGAGCCCUCGAGCUCGCAGCUGCCGCCUGAGGAGAGGCUGCGGCGGCUGGAGGAGCAGAUGUGCGCGCUGGAGGAUCUGCCGAGCGCCGCCGAGCUCAUGGGCUCCGACAAGGCGCUUAGUGACCUGUGGAGCAUCAUGCAGAUCCGCAGGAAAGCGCAGGGAAAUGAGGAUGGGGUGUCCAAGUGUAUGGCCUUAAUCCAAGACCUGCUGAAGGAAAUCCAGGCACUCAAAGAGUCCAGAGAUGACCUGAGGCAGGAGGUGACUGCUCUGAAUGGUCAGCUCAGCCAGCUGAACGUGAAUGAGUUGGCAGAGCGUAUCGUGGCUAUGGAGCAGUUCUGUCAUCAGGUUGAACAUCUGGAAAACACUGCGAAAGAGCUGAAGGAUAAAAUGGCGCAGUACCCCAGUCCAGAGGAGCUGACGCAGUGCGUGACAUGGGAAGUUAUGCAGGCUGCGCUCAUCAGCGAGAAUCCGAAAACCCAGGAGGCACGUCCAAACCACAAUACACAACAUGAAGUAUAUUCAGUAGCUUUCAGAAGCCAAUAA